GGUAAGUUGUAACGUGUUGGCAAGCAUGAAAUGCAGAAAAGAUAAUAACAUCCUAAAUAUGCAUACACAUAUAGUAACUGUUGAUUAAGAAUUUAAGUGUGCCCUUCUCUAAGUUCAGCUUUCUUACUAAUGAAGCUAACUCAUGCUUAACUCAUGCUUACUAUGAAUAUGAAAAAAACCAAACACAAUUAUCCUCAUUUGGAAAUGCUCAUCAAAUACCAUUUUCUUAAUAUCAUUACAGCAAGUUGUUGAUAUCCACAAGAAACCUCUAACUUCAACAUUUAUUUUAUUUUGUAUUCUUCUUCAUCUUCAACACUCUUAAUUCUUCUUCUGUGUUCAUUCCUACUUCUAUAAAAGGGAGCUAUAAGGUCUUCAACAUUUUCAUAUUCAAAUUCAACACACAAUUACUAGACAUGAAGAAGUUUUUAUUGGUUGCUGUUUCACUUGCUCUUGUUCUUGGGAUUGUGGAGAGUUUCGAUUUCCAUGAGAAGGAGUUGGAAACCGAGGAUAGCUUGUGGGAACUGUACGAGAGGUGGAGAAGCCAUCACACUGUGUCACGAAGCCUUGACGAAAAGGCAAAGCGUUUCAAUGUGUUUAAGGCUAAUGCCAUGCAUGUUCACAAUACCAACAAGAAGGACAUGCCUUUCAAACUGAAACUAAACAAGUUUGCAGACAUGACCAAUCAUGAGUUCAGGAGCACUUAUGCUGGCUCGAAAAUUAAGCAUCACAGGAUGUUCCGGGGAUCACAACAUGGUACUGGGAAGUUCAUGUAUGAGAAUGUUGAGAAAGUCCCCACAUCAGUUGAUUGGAGAAAGAAAGGUGCUGUCACUGCUGUAAAGGACCAAGGCAGUUGUGGUAGUUGUUGGGCAUUCUCAACCGUUGUAGCAGUUGAGGGUAUAAACCAGAUUAAGACAAAGAAGCUAGUCUCUUUGUCUGAGCAAGAAUUGGUUGAUUGUGACACCGAAAAAAAUGAAGGAUGCAAUGGAGGGCUUAUGGAAUAUGCGUUUGAGUUCAUCAAGAAAAGAGGAGGAUUAACAACUGAAACUCACUACCCUUACAAAGCAGAAGAUGGAACCUGUGAUGCUACUAAGGAAAACUUACCCGCAGUGUCAAUUGAUGGCCAUGAGAAUGUGCCCGAAAACGAUGAGGAUGCUUUACUGAAAGCAGCUGCUCACCAACCUAUUUCUGUAGCCAUAGAUGCUGGAAGUUCUGAUUUUCAGUUCUACUCAGAGGUAACACUUUUUUUAUUUAUAUUUUCAGAUACAUGCAUUUAUAUAUUUAUAUAUAUACGUAUUUAUAUAGAUGGAAACUACCUUGUCUUGGUUUUGAUCUGUAUGAGUAUGGUGUAUCAUCAGGGAGUGUUCAAUGGAAGCUGUGGCACAGAGCUGAACCAUGGAGUUGCAGUAGUUGGCUAUGGAACAACACUAGAUGGUACCAAGUUCUGGACAGUAAGAAACUCUUGGGGACCAGAGUGGGGUGAGAAGGGUUACAUAAGGAUGCAAAGAAACAUUUCUGAGAAAGAAGGACUUUGUGGAAUAGCCAUGGAAGCUUCAUAUCCCAUCAAGAAAUCAUCAUCUAAUCCUACUGCAACUUCACCUUCUCCCAAAGAUGAACUCUAAACUGCUCACACUGAUGGUUUCAAGCCCUUUUAGAUGCUUUUUCUUUGUUUUCCUUUCUGCUCUCAGGUUACAUGGGACAUGGCCUCAUGAACCAUAAGAAUAAUAUUAGUUUCACACAUCAAUAAUUUUUUUUUUUUUGGAAUUUCAGAAUUGUUUCAACUAUAUAUAUAUCUAAUGAAGAUACAAUCAUUCAGUAUAAA